AUGUCUUCGAGAAUCAGUCGAGGGCGCAAGCAGGCCAAGAAGGGGGUGCAGCUCACGAUUAUGGUUGUUGGCGCAUCCGGAACUGGCCGCACCACCUUCGUCAACACCCUCAUCGACCAGCCCCUGCUCCCUCACCGCUCCGCCUCGCUCCUCUCGGACCCUUCCAACCCGGGCUCGGCGCUCGACCCGAGCCUCGUCCGCCAGGCAGCGGGGGACGCGCACAACGAAGUGCCUAUCCAGAUCAAGACGCACUAUGUCGAGCUGGAAGAGGAUGGGGUGAGGAUUAGUUUGACGGUGGUGGAUACACCGGGGUUUGGGGAUGGGAUCGAUAAUGAGGCUAGCUUCGGCGAGAUCUCAUCCUACCUUGAACGUCAAUACGACGGCAUUCUCGCCGAAGAGUCCCGAAUCAAGCGGAACCCUCGGUUCAGGGACAACCGAGUGCAUGCCCUGCUGUACUUUAUCGCGCCGACCGGUCAUGCCCUCCGCGAGAUCGACAUUGAGCUGAUGCGCCGCCUCUCCCCCCUCGUCAAUGUCAUCCCCGUCAUUGGCAAGAGUGACACCAUGACCCCGACUGAGCUCCGCAUGUUCAAGAAGCGGAUCAUGGAAGACAUCGAGCACUACGGAAUCCCCGUCUACAACUUCCCAUACGACGUCGAGGAAGACGACGAGGAGACCAUCGCCGACAAUUCCGAAUUGCGCUCCUUGCUCCCCUUUGCGAUCGUCGGGUCAGAGGAGGAGAUCCUCAUGGGUGGCAACCCCGUCCGGGGGCGGCGAUACCCGUGGGGCAUCGUCGAGGUGGAUAAUACUAGCCAUUGCGAUUUCCAGCGUCUCCGGGGGGCGUUGUUCAUGUCUCACUUGACCGACCUCAAAGAGAUUACGCACGACUUUUUGUAUGAGAAUUGGAGGACGGAGAAGCUGUCGCGGUCGGUCGGGAACGGUGAUCCCGACUCGUCCAUCCUUCCCGAAGACAUGGCCAACCAGUCCGUCCGGCUCAAGGAAGAACAGCUCCGUCGGGAAGAAGAGAAACUCCGCGAGAUCGAGUACAAGGUCCAGCGCGAGAUCCAGAUGCGCAAGCAGGAACUCAUGGCCAAGGAGGAUAGCCUCAAGGUGCUCGAGGCGAGGUUGGCAGCACAGGGGAACGGGCGGGAUGGCUACUAG